GUUCCUCUAUUAUCAUUGAUUCCGUGGUUUUACUGCCUGGACUGUCCAGCCCUGACGGAUCUGUUGCAUUCCAAAGAUACGCCAAAUCCGAAAACCAAACAGAGAUGCAGCAGAGUUAUCUGUCAUGUUUACAGCAGGUGGCAGCACUGUCUAGCCGUCAGAAAGCUCUAGAACAAUCACCAUGCAAAGAUCUUUUCUUUUCUUUGCAAGCAGAACCUUAUGGUGGUGCCAGGG